CCAGGCUACGGAGCUCGGCCCAAUAGCGGCCCAUUCAUUCCUUGCUUCGUCUUUUCAAUGCCUUGCUUCUCUUUUCUUCUUCUUCUCCUCUCGAAGGUCUGAAACAAUGGCGGGAUCGCCCGAAACCGAAACCGUCGGUCUGGGAGCUGCCGGACGACGGGAGGAAGAUGAAGAAGACGACUACCUGGGAGACCUCUCUCAGUUCCUUCCCCCGGAAGCAUCCGAACCCCCAAAGUCCAAAUUAACGAACAAAAAGAUCGCUAGCAUCAAAACCCAAGCAGUUCAAUCUUCGAAGAAGAAGAAGAACUCGAAAGCAGCUGUAAGCUGGCAAGAGCAACGGAGAAUUGAAAGGGAGAGAAAGCAAAAGGAAGAGGAUGAACAAAUGCUGGCGAGAAUAGAGGCUCCAAUCCCUCAAUCUAACAUAGGGUUUAAGUUGCUAAAGCAAAUGGGUUACACUCCUGGCUCCGCGCUUGGUAAAGAGGGUUCAGGGAGAGCUGAGCCUGUUGGGAUCGAGAUUCGGAGGACCAGAAUGGGGAUUGGAAGGGAAGACCCACAUAAGGAGAAGAGGAAGAGGGAAGAGUUUGAGGCAGAAUGGAAGACAAAAAUGGAUGCGGCUAUGAUGGCUGAUUUCGGUUCUAGAGUGAAGUCCCAAUGGCGGAGUAGGAGGGUUGUUGUGAACUUUGGGAAAGCCAAAGCAGCUCUUGAUCAACUGGAGAACAAAGAGUUUGUUGAACCCAAGAAGGAUGAGGAUGAAGAAGAAGAUAAACAGGGCGAGGAAGAAGAAGAAGUGGUGACGGAAGAGGAUUUGCAAGAAAUUUUGAUGAAACUUAGAGAAGAACAUCAGUACUGCUUGUUUUGUGGGUUUCAGUACGAGACCAUGGAAGCACUUUUAUCGAAUUGCCCUGGAAUAGAUGAAGAAGACCACUAGAUAUAUAUUUACGGUGGACAAAGUACUAGAACAGGUUCUGGAAAAACAAGUUGCUUAGCUUUUCUGAUGUUUUCUGGAAAAACAAGUGAGAUUAGAAGGCAGAGGCUCGUAGAACCUAUUGAUUGAUCACCGUCCAAGACCUGUUCAAG